AUGGACGCCCUGCCCGAGGAGUUGUGGAUGACGGUGCUGGGGUUCUUGGACGUGCCCGCACUGGUGCAUUUGCGGCUCACGAACGUCUUCCUGCGGCGGCUGGCCCUCGACGACAGGUGGGCGCGGAAGGUGGCCGCCUACCGCCGCACGGCCGACUACCUACGCAAGCGGAGGCGGGCCAUGGUGCAGCACUACGGCCCCGACUUCCGCCCGCCCUCGGCCAGCCUUGCCCCCGACGACCUGGAGUACUAG